AUGUUGUUUUCCUUUGCUUAUUUUACUCUAUCAUCAGACCGUAACAUCGUUUCAAGCAAAUAUAAUCCAUAUGAUAAAUCAGGAACACCCAAGACUGCAUCAACACAAGAGAUUUUCGAUGCAUUUAAGAAAUAUAAAGAAGGUCUCAAUCCAGGAACCAAGAGCAGUGAUAAUGAGAAGUACCAAGCAUUUGAAGCUUUAACUGAUACUCGUCGUCGUAGAGCUUUCGACUAUUUCGGCUUAGAAGCAUAUGCAGAAGUUGAUGCAAGCAGAGACUCGGCUAAUAUAUCCGGUGUCGCAGCACUUUAUGCUAAAAACGAGCCAAUACGUACAUAUGCUUACUUAACAAUUGAAGAUUUUUACAAAGGCGUGAAAUUAAAUUAUCAAUUCUUCAGAAAAGAAAUCUGCAAAUGCAAGGAUAAAACAGGCUGGCAUUGCGAUACUUGCCAAGGCCACCCAACAAUUACAAGACCAUUUAAUGUCGAAAUCGACGUUGUCGCUGGAACUCUUCCAGAUCAAAUAUACGUAUUCAAGGCUGCUUGCGAUACUUCUCCAACUGCUACAGGUGGUGAUCUUGAAAUCCAGCUUAAGGAGCUUCCAGAUCCAAUUUACCGUCGUAGCCUUUAUAACCUCAUUUACAAGCUUAAUCUCGGCAAAGAAGACGCUCGUGGUAACUGGGAGAAGCAAAUUGUCCUCCCAAUGCAGACACGUCUUAUUGUCACUGGCAAGAAACUGAAACAAGUCACAAUUCACGGCAAAGGAUUCCCAAUUCCAGGAUCUACAGAAAGAGGCGAUCUUAUUAUCAUGCCAACUGUUAAUCCAAGCCAAGAAGAUUUAUAA